AUGCCCCGCCAGACUAGACGUGCAGCUCCCGCCCAGCAGACCCGCCAGGCACACACCAUGCCUGUCCGUCAGGCUCCUCCCCCUGCUCCCGUUCAGCGCGCUCCUGCUCCCGUCCAGCGUGCUGCUGCUCCCGCUCCUGCUGCUCCUCAGCAUGCCAUGACCUCUGCUCCUGCUCCUAGCCCUCCUUCCCUUGCACAGGCCGCCCCCCAGCAGCCCGGCAUGUUUGCUCAGAUGGCAACAACUGCCGCUGGUGUCGCUGUUGGUUCUGCUGUCGGUCACACUAUGGCCAACGGUAUCUCUUCUCUCUUCAGCGGAUCCUCUGAUGAACCCGCUCAGCAGCAGCAGCAGCAGCCUGCUCAACCCCAGUACCAGCAGCAGCCUUUCCAGACAUUCCAGGCUCCUUCUUCCGGUCUUGCUUGCGAUGCUGAUGCCAAGGCUUUCACCAAGUGCCUUGAGUCGACCAACAACGACAUGUCUGCCUGUCAGUGGUAUCUGGAUGCCUUGAAGCAGUGCCAGCAAAUGUCCUCCAACUAUUAGAGAAACGACCAAACAACCAAAGAGCAUAAACACAUAUGAUACAAUAAUAAUAAUAAUAAUAAUAAUAAUAAUAAUAGCUAGAGAAAUGCUUAUAUAAAAGCCUGGUUAAAUUCAUUUCAUUUUGCUGUUUUUUUUUCAAAAAAAAAUAACAAUGAAAAUAAAUGUUAAUAUUCCCCAAAACC